CCCCACCGGGAGAGUGUGUGGGUCCCACCCCACACACUUUCCCCAAUCCAGCCCGAGCUUGAAGAAGAGCUGCUGCCUCCCCACUCUCUCUCACCCCUCAAGCUCCCCCCUCAAAUCCUCUCCAAAAGGCAUGGCUUCAUCCGGUUCCAGGACGAGGCCACCGUGCGCGGACCAAGAGGACAUGCCGAAGACGUGGUUGGAGGCCAGUUUGGACAAGAAGAAGGAGAAGGAUGUGCCCACACCACCAUGUUGGUGUGGUGAUGUUUGCAAGCUGAAGGUGUCCACUGACCGCAACAAGUCAUGGACAGAAGGUAGAAGGUUUUUCGUGUGUCCCAACUAUGCACAUGAUCGUCGAAGGCCAACUAACGCAUAUGACAUACCACCGUCCCCUCCUCCACUUUGCAAGUACUUCACUUGGAUAGAUCACGAGGUACCAAAAGAUAUCCAAGAGGACCAACGUGCAGAUUGGUUACGGAGGCAGCGCCUAUUCGAGGAGUCCUAUGCACGGGGAUUGGAGCGGGAGCGUCGUGAGAAGGAGGCUCGUGAGCGCAAGAAGCGUGAGCAAGAGAGGGCACGCAAAGAGAAGGCGGCUCGUCAAGAAGAGAGGGCAAGCAAACUUGCAAGGGCUCGCGAUGCACGAGAGGAGGACGAGGCACGUGACAAGAAGGGAAAGUGGCCCCGGACUACUCAGUAGACAAAUGGAAAGGCACCGGCGUCGAUGAUGAACUGUCGAGACUUUGUUUAAUGUAUGAACUUAUUAUUCGAGACCUUGUGUGGUCAUGAACUAUUUCUGUCAUUCGAGACUAUUUGAGAUUAUGUGCAAACUAUGUUCGUCAUUCGAGACUAGUUGA